AUGAUCAGCUUAUCGCUACAGUCCACCAUCCUCCUACUCACCGCCCAACUAUUUUUUCCCAUACCCCUCGCAUCUGCUUCACCCAGUACGGAUCACGCCUCUGCAAAUGUGGUGAUACUAGAGAGAUCUUCUGGGGUGGAGCCACACGACAUCAUAGGGUCGGCGGCGAGCCUACGGAAGCGAGCCAGUGGGUAUAACGACCCCAGGACCGAGGGAGGAUACAUGGUCACCAUUGUCAACGGAACAUACCCAGCCGGCCUGGGUGAACCGCUCAAUGUCAUCCUCUCCGGUGACUCGGACGAUGCAGUGCUCGUAAAAAGCGCCGACAACGGAGGGUUCUUGAAUUACAUGCUAGCCUCGGGUUUGGGUGAAGAAUGUCUUGGCCAACACUUGGGCGCAGACCAAGAAGCAAACCUCGGUGACGGUCAAGGCAAUGUGACCGAAGUCGAAGAGUUGAGGUACAACUACGGAGAUCCAUACAUCGGAACUUGCCAGGAGACUUUCAAUGGUGGUCUGCAUCUGAGAUAUUGGAUUCAGAACCCCACUGGAGCGUACUUUAUGGCUGUCAGUGUGGAGCAGAGUCUUUCUUUGGGACACGAUAUCAUUGCCGACGGCUACAACAUCGGCCGAGAUGAGCUUGUCGGCAACAUGACUGGGCAGACUAUUGACACUCGAGGUCUGACCAAUGGCUCGACUGUCAGCGGAUCAGCGACCUACAACAAUUACACAUAUCAGACCGAUGUCGAAUAUGUCCCCGGGUUACUAUCCAACUCUAGUGACGACAUCAACCACUAUCUCACGUGA